AUGUUUGAAGUAGCAAUUUCGCGACUUGGUAAAAUCCUCGAGACACACCCGUGGGCUGGAGAGCUAGCAGGGAUACUCCCACUGUCUGCUUUGAUCGAUUUCAUGGACUUACCGAGGAAACUUCAUGUCUUUGAACUGGCAGGUGCAGUGCCGUUUUGGAGUUGGCCAGUCACACCAGCUGGUAGCCGUCUUCUGCUGUCAAGCAAACAUACGCAAAGGGACUGCUGCCUAGAUCGAUAUGGCAGCAGCGUGGCUUUGACAGCCCUGGACGGCUGCUAUGGAGACCAAUACAUUGUUAGCAGUCCUGAGACCGUGCGCAUGUGCAUUUCGUCACGCGAAACACACACACUCCCGAAUGAUCACGACAACAUGGCCGGGGAAAAUCUGAAAAUCCAAAACCUGGAGAUAAUUUGCAUUUCCAGAGAGCGCAAACCCGAGCGCCGAUUCCAGCCAUCACAAUCCUGGUUAGGCCGAAUCCUCCUGGACCCCUGGCUGGCGUUUUCAUAUCAAUACCUGCUAAUAUCCACAUUGGGAUGGAUUAUGUUGCUUGGUAUGAUCAUCAUGAGCGGCAUUUUCAGAUGCUAUCUCUCCCUUACCUUCCUCAUCGUCAUCCCAGUGACCGGCGUCGUCAUCUUUUGUCUCCAUGGGAGCACGCCUAGGAGACUGCUUGUUCAAGAACAGAGCGAUUAUAAUCGCUUAGUUGUCGUGGCAGAGCACAUGAAUGCCACGGACUGGAUGGUUUUCUACGGAGAAAGCACCAUAGUCAACUCACUCCUCAACCGACCACUGGAGCCCAUGGGGCCACGACUUUCCAAGUCCGCUUCGGCUAUUCUCAGGGGGGCUCUCAGAGUCCUUGUUCUCGGGCAAUGGGGUCUUGCAAUCGGGGUAGCGGCGCUCAAGGACUGGAACGCGUUUUUCAUAACCUUCUGGAUCGCUUUCUGCAUAUUCUCGCACGCUUACCUUAUCGCCCCUCCGAUGUCAGCAAAUGACUGGAUGAGGUCUUAUGCGAACAUCAAAAUGGCGCGUUACCAGACUCAGCUUAGUUCUCGGAGAAGUUUGUUUAAUACGAUAAUUGCUCUGAACCCAGACACUUUCUCCUGGGACAAUCGCAUGGAUCAGGAGGACCGAACAAAGUUUUCCGAAGGAGCCAUGCGAUGGAUUGAUCCAAUUUUAACUCGAGGCUCUAGUCGUACGAAGUGGGAAGAUGCAACCCGGACUGCAAUGGACGAGGCACUAUUACGAUACUCGACGGAGAGUCUAGUAUCACCGGCGUGGCAAGAUAAGGAUGGAGAAGUUCUUGGCUUCGAUUGGAAUGAUAAUUACUCCCGGGAAUACUGGAAGUCGUUUAUACUCGAGGGCAUCUACAUGGCGGCGAAGAUCAAGGAAGAGACAAGGCUGUUUGGACGGAAAGUAACGAAAAUUGUGUAG